AGUUUACAAAAAUGGCUGCACCCUGUCCAACAGCAGAGGUACAUUUUGCUCAAAAACUUGCGGCAAAUGAGAAAAGAACAAGAGACAGUGCUUUCAAAAAAUUGAAGAAAUGGCUCCAAUCUCGGUCAAGUGACGGAAAGGAAGCAGACUUCUUAAAAAUAUGGAAAGGUUUGCACUAUUGCAUGUGGAUGCAAGACAAACCACUUAUCCAGGAGGAACUUUCAGACAACAUGGGUAAGCUUUUGCACAUAUUUGGAAAUGUGGACAUUUCGCUGCUGUUCCUUGGGGUAUUUUUUCAAACAGAGUCCCGGGAAUGGAGUGGUAUAGAUCGAUGGAGAAUGGACAAGUUUAUGAUGCUAUCCAGAGAGAUGUUGGGUCAGGGCAUAGCUUUACUGAAGAAGACGAGGUGGAAAAAGGAUCAUGUUGAUCUGUUUUGCCAAGUCAUUAAGAAACAGGUUCUGUUGGCAGAAAAUGAUGGAUAUAAAAUCCACAUCACUGACAUUUAUCUGGAUGAGCUUCAGAAAUCUGGAGCUGAAGUGCUUUCACCGAGCCAAGUGAUCCAGUUUCUAGAGCCUUUUUCUGCCUUUUUAGUUGAGUCCAAGAACACAACCCUGGUGAAGCGAGUAAUAUCCCGAAUUUUUGAUGCCAUAAUACAGCAGACUGUUGAUGAUGCUAAACAGAGAGCAGAAAGGCUUCUUCAGAGAGAAGAUGAGGCUAACAACAACGGUGUAGAACUAGAGGAUUCUGAUGAUGAGGAUGACGAUGACACACCUCCAAGACUCGACUUUGACUAUGGGGCAAUAGCUGACAGGUUGUUUGAACUUGGAAAAAAACCUGAGUGUUUAAGUCGGCACAGAACCUUGAUUUACAAUGUUGUAAAAAAGUUUCGAGAUUUGAAUGAAGGUGUCCUGCCAACCAAAGAAAAUGAUUUCACUGACCUAGAAAAAGGUUAUAUCAACCGGGAGGAGUUUGCUCAGUCUGUCAAUAAGCUUAUUUCCAUGGAAACAGAGGUCCAAAGACAAAAAAGAAAACAAAAGAAUCGAAAACAAAAGAAAAACCAGCAGAAAGCAAUUGAAGGGGACACAACUGUGAAGAAAAGAAAGAUGGAUAGUACAACAGAGAAUAACAAAGCAGACAGUGUCACUGAAGAGAAGCCAGAGACUGUGCAAAAGAAAGUUAAGAAAGAAACGGGACUCACAAAAUUAAAGGACAAAUUACUGGGUAAACGUAAAAAGGACAGUGAAUCUACGGAGCCUUUGAAAAAGAUGAAACAAGCAGAUUCAAAUCUAGGUACUCGUAGUGAAGAAAAACCUGGUGUUGCUAGUGUAAAAAGCCAAAAAACAGCAGCAGCAGUGACACCAAUCCCAAAGAGAGCAAUGACUCGAAAAUUGUGUGAGAACGUGGGAAAGGAUUUUGAAGCACCUCCCUUUGAUGUCGAGGAAAGUGAUUCAACAUGUGAGAAAGACACUGCUAGUGUAAAUAAGAAGCAGCCAAGUCACAAAAAGGUCCCACUGGACACUUUAGAACUAAAGCAUAUUCAUGACGAGGAAUUAGGUCACAAAGAGGAAGAGGAAGUGGAGAUCUGGGUUCCAAAUAAAAAGUACUCAGGCAAGUUAAAGGGACUAUUUGAAAAACAAGGGAAAGGUCUGGGGACCAAGAAGUUUGCUCAAUUUGAAACCAGUGUACAAACCCCUCCAGCCUAUGUAAGGAAAUCAGUGGCCAAGGCUGCCACUCCAAAUACUGACCCAGGAAAGGCAUCAAAGAAAUUGGUCGAAAAUGAGAAAGGAAGUGAAACUUCUAAAAGAAAAGUCACAUUUGACAUGAAGAAAAACAAAGCUGUGGACUUUAAGAAAAGUAUUCAGUUCAGUCCUGCCCCUUAUAACCCUGACAAGAAACCAGAGCAGAGCAUUCUAAAAACACCAGAAGGUACAUCUCAUGUGAAUGUCUCCGUAGCCACACCUCAUGGAACAAUGCAUUUCUCUACCCAGAGAACUACGAGGCAGCAAACUCCCCAUGUUAACAAAAUGAGGAUUGUAAAGAGAACACCAUCUAGUGCCAAAAAACUGAGGACGCCAGCAAGUACUCAGAAAUAUACAGGGACGCCCGUACCCAAGAAAGCAGCCCCCGUGUUAAGUCUGAAGAAGUCCACCCCCAGGGCAAAAGCUGGGGACUUCUUUUGAGACAUUUAUUUAAUAUUUGUCUCAUUGAAAUGGGUGUUAAGGCCAAGGGAGAUAAAUAUGUGUGUGAUAUCUUUGAAACAUUAAUUGUGUAUAUGAAUAUUUUCAUUUUACUGUCGAAGGAUAUUUUCAAACAUUUCUUAAUUUUUUUUCUUGAUUUUUUUUUUUGGCAUUAAAAUGAAAUUAAUUUCAUAUUUUAUUGCACAUAGCAUGGCUUUUAAAAAGCAUUUACCAUUAUUGUCACACAAAUUUACAUACUUUGAAACUUGUCUAAACCAGAUGUUCCUUAUUCCGAAAAAUUUGCUUAAUACGAUGUAAACUUUAAGUACCUUUCAGUAAAUUCAAUUGAUUAAAAUUUCUAAUCUGGAAUGUUGUCUAAAUCCAGCCAAUUUUUUGGAACCAGUGGUGUCCAGAUUAGACAAGUUUUAUUGAACUAGUAGUAAGCCCGAAAAGUUCAAGAUUUUUAAUAAUCAAAAACAGAUGCUGUAAGGUAGAACAUUUGUUUUAAACUGACAAAUAAUACUAGACAUGUCUGUUCAGUUGAUCAGAAGGAAAUAAUCAAGAAAAUUAAGGAAUUGACGAGAAUUUCAGAGAUAUAUUUUUUUCAAGUUUUGCUUUCACUGGCAGCUACAUUGUACUGUACAUUUGUAUGUAUAAUUGUGAUACAAUAUAAUUAAGUAUCUUUAUGAAUUGGUAUCUGAUACUGUCAUUGAAAAUAAAAUAGACUUAAAUAAUGA